AUGAAGUUUGGAAGCGGCCCCUUGAUCCUGAAUGUUGGGGGAACCCGAUAUUCGUUCCCGAAGGACGUGAUCAAGGACUUUCCCCUCAGAAGGGUUAGCAGACUUCACAACUGUGUCUCGGAGAAAGAGGUUCUGGAAGUGUGCGAUGACUACGAUCAGGAGAGAAAUGAGUAUUUUUUUGACAGGCACUCCGAGGCGUUCGGCUUCAUCAUGCUUUACGUUAAGUACGGCAAGCUCCGGUUUGUUCCUCACAUGUGCGAGCUGUCCUUUUACAAUGAGCUCAUUUAUUGGGGUCUGGACCGCUCGCACCUCGAAUACUGCUGCCAAAGGCGACUGGAUGAUAGGAUGUCCGACACCUACACCUUCUACUCCGAGGAGGAGGAAGAGCUGAAAAGGCAAAGGAGAAAGGAGUUAAAAAAGAGCUCCCCAUCAAAUAGGAAGUGGCUGGACAGGAUGAGGAGGACUUUUGAGGAGCCCACCUCGUCUGUAGCGGCCCAGAUUCUGGCAACCGUGUCGGUGGUAUUUGUUAUCGUUUCCAUGGUGGUACUGUGCGCCAGCACACUACCAGACUGGAAAACAGCCGAGAACAACAGUGUGGAGGAGCACAGGUACACAGAAAAUUUAAUGGGACCAUCAGGGAUAAUCGAAGCGAUCUGCAUGGGUUGGUUCACCGCCGAGUGCAUUGUGAGGUUUCUCGUCUCGAAAAACAAGUGCGACUUUGUGAGAAAACCUCUGAACAUUAUUGACCUGCUGGCCAUCACGCCGUACUAUAUCUCGGUGCUGAUGUCCUUCUUCACCGGCGAGAACUCGCAGUUACAGCGGGCUGGGGUGACCCUCAGGGUCCUGAGGAUGAUGAGGAUUUUCUGGGUGAUCAAACUUGCUCGUCACUUCAUUGGCCUGCAGACGCUGGGCUUGACUCUGAAACGUUGCUACCGGGAGAUGGUCAUGCUCUUGGUGUUUAUCUGCGUCGCUAUGGCGAUAUUUGGCGCCCUCGCCCAGUUGUUGGAAAGCGGACUCGACCUGGAGGAUAAGAAUCCAGCCUAUGCCAGUAUCCCGGCCUCCUGCUGGUGGGUGAUCAUCUCCAUGACCACUGUGGGAUAUGGGGACAUGUAUCCUUUCACCAUCCCCGGCAGGAUCCUGGGAGGGAUGUGUGUGGUCAGCGGCAUCGUCCUGCUAGCGCUGCCUAUCACCUUCAUCUACCACAGUUUCGUGCACUGUUACCAUGAGCUGAAAUUCAGGUCAGCUCGCUGUGGCAGGAGUUUAUCACUAGAAUAUCUGAACUGAGAGGGAAGUGGUGAGUGCGGAGAAGCUCGUGCGAGCAUAAAGGGGCGAUAUACAGCAGCUGGGCCUAAUGUGCCGUGCUGUCGCCAUUGCAACCGUGUGGAGGUGACUGGGAAUCCAGAGGCUGAGCAUGAAGACACCGCUCAGAUUGAUACAUUUAUGGCUGGAAAACCUGAUUUGGUGCCGCGGGCAAUUGACAUACUGAACUACAAAUGCUCUCGGAUCAAAUUUCACGGCUUCAGGCGCGAUCGAAUGUCAACUGGCAAAGACCUGAAGCUGUUCACAUCUGUUGGUUAAAAAUAGAAAUAAGAACAUUCUCAGACCUGAGGAAUGGGUAAACAUCUUGAUUAUUUAUAAGAUAACUCACGUGGCUCGAAGGU